AGUUGGUAAAUGUCAACCAAUGGCUUCGGUUUUAGCAGCAGUGCGUUUUGGUUCCCCGUCGUGAGCUCAAUUAUCGACACCGUUUCCGUUCUCAACCUCUUUUAGAGGGGCUACAUAAAAAAAUCUCGAAUCUUCUCCAUGCGAAUUAACGUCUUCUCGCGAACGAUUUUUUAAGGUUAAAAAGGGAAUGUGCGCGUCCCUUUAGUGCGGAUAUCGCGAGUUUCCGGUUUGUUAUUUCUUAUUCUCGAAAUUUUAACCAAGAUACUUAAUUAUAAAUAAUAAUAAUAAUCGUUUUGAAGUGAAAAGAAGAAAAUUAAUUUAUUGCUUAAAUCAAAGAAGAUUAAAUACAUAAAGAAACCCACUUCAAAAUGAAAACCCACGACUAUAUUCAUUUAAAAACAUCAGCAUCAACAUCCACCAUAUGAGUUUUCGCGUCGAUGACUAGCCUCGUUAAAAACUACCUCAAAUUAAGACCGCCGGGCAGAAAAAGGAGGCCCCAAAAAGCAACAGAACAAAGUAAAUCUGCCGUAGGAACAAACAUACCAACUGUAUUAAUAGUUUUAACAAUUUUCGGAAUCUAAUUUCAAAGAAACAACUGCGAUGAUGAUGAUUGUUAAUAAACGACUUUUUGUGGCUAAAUGCUGCGUCAUCCUUCUCGCGGGUUACUUCUUCGUGUACGUAGUGACGUCAUCGGGUACUUCCGGAGUAAUCAGGACUUUACAACAAAGCGGAAGGAACCUAGCUGCUAUUGAUCAAACACAAACAAUAACUGAUAGAAUCAUAACCAAACUAGAAACCCCUCAACAGAAAACACCAACGGAAUCUCUACAAACGGGUUCUCCAACACAAUCAACUCAACAAAUAACCGAACCACAACAAAAAACCUAUAUAGAAACAACAACAAUAUCGAAAUGGGAUGAGGCUGAAAUGAUAUUAAAAAAUGGUUUGAAAUGUGUUGAUCGGCCAAAACGUGUCUCGAGACAACAAAGGGGCGAUUAUUGGGUUUUGUAUAAUUACGUACAAGCAGAUGAGAGUUAUGAGUGUCAUACGAGCGUUACAUACACGACCCACGCAGAUUAUUCUUUCUUGGAUAAUUUGGUUCCGCUGGCGGAACGUUGGUCUGGACCUAUUAGUAUUGCUUUGCAUGCCCCUGGAAGCGAUUUUAAGCCAACGUUAGAUUCAAUUAGAUACUUACGAGAUUGUACCAAAGAUGAAAUUAAAAGAUACGUCACGUUUCACAUUUAUUUUAGUACAAAACACAUUCCCAGUGAGAUCCCAAAGGUUGAGAAUUUGUUAACUGAGCCGUUUAAUUGUAGCUUACCAGCCCCUUUCUUUAAUGUUUCCAACGAACAAAUGUAUAAGACUCAAAAGAAAUUACUUUAUCCCGUCAAUGUUGGUAGAAAUAUCGCGAGGGAGAGUGCGGAAACGCAUUUCAUUCUUGCUUCCGAUAUUGAAUUGUAUCCGAGUAAAAAUAUAAUUAAGAGUUUCUUAGAAAUGAUUGCUUUUGAUAAAGAUCUAUUACAACAGACAAAUCUGAAAGUGUUUACACUUCAUCUUUUUGAAGUCGGAGCGAAUCAAGUUGUUCCAGAGAACAAAACUCAGCUACAAGAUAUGUUAAAAAAUUCGAUGGCUUUGCCGUUUCAUAAAAAACUUUGUCCGCUGUGUCAUAAUGUACCAAAAUCAAAAGAAUGGCAAACAGCUAAUGAAACUGAUGGAUUACAUGUAUUUCACGUGGGGAAACGUACAGGGAAAUUUGUACAUUGGGAGCCGAUCUUCAUUGGAACACAUAAUGAUCCACUUUACGAUGAGAGGUUAAGUUGGGAAGGGAAAAGAGAUAAAAUGACUCAGGGUUAUGCAUUGUGCGUGUUAAAUUAUGAUUUUAUGAUAUUGGAUAAUGCGUUUUUGGUUCAUCGGCCUGGAAUUAAAGUCUACAAAAAGGAUUCGAAAAGACUUCUUUUAUCGGCGAAGACAAAUCAGUUGAUCAACAAGAUUAUUUAUCCGGAAUUGAAGGUUAUUUACGGCGUUCGAAAGGGCUGUGCUGUGUAAAUAUUCAACAAAAUGAGUUUCGAUCAUUUUUUUUAGGUUAUGUUUCUUUUUUUUGUGCCAAGAGUAAUUUCUUUCAACGAAUUCCUAUUUUUUUUUUGGUUUUUGCUCAAUUUUUUUUAUAAUUAAUCCCGAUUUUUUCUUUAAUGUAAAUAUUUUCUUUUUUAUUUAUUGAAAUAUUGUUUAAUAAAAAUCCUUUCAACAAUUUUGAAAUAAAGACGAAUUUAUUAAGCAUUUGUAAUGGACUUAUUGAUUAAGACAGACUUGUAUAUGUAUUCCUAGUACUUAAAUUAAAUAAAGCUGUGUAAAUAAUUAAAAAAAAAAAAUAAAAUGAAAAAUAACUUGUGUAAACGAAAUGUGCUAUUCUUGUUCCUUAUUAUUAUAUUUUAACUCAUUAGAUCUUUCAGUUACACGUUUACGUUGUCGUAUUGUGAAUAAUAAGCGAUAAUAAUAAUGUAAUAAUAAUAUGAUAAGAUGUUUGUGUAUGUAAAUUCGAUCGAUGUGCCUUAAAAUGUAAACCGGAGACCGAGACCGUGAUGAAAAUAACAAAAAUAAUUUUUUACCAUUAUAACGAGACUAGUAACUGUGAACAAGUGUAUAGUCAACAAGUGUAAUAAACAGAAAACCUACAAAUAUAUA